AGUUACCAUAGCAACCAGCAACAGUAGGCUAGUCCCCUUUUACCAUCUUUAACUCUGGUUGUUCCAGUCAGGGAGAUGAAGAAGCUCUGCCACCUGUCUAAUAACAUCCUGAUAGUCAGCAUUUUACUGAUUGUCUUCUUUCCUACAGGUGCCUUUUCUCAUUGUGGUAAUAAUUUUCACGCCCACGUGCAUACAGUAAAAGAGAUAGAUGCUCUGAUUGGAUCUUGUGUGGAUAUCUCAUGUAGAUUUGAGAAUUUCGAAGGAUUUGACAGCAGGAGAAUCACUUUCGGAAUCUGGAUGAAAAAUAAGGCGGAAGUAUCUGACACUGUUUAUAACAGCAGUGGGAAAAUUAACACCUAUCAAAUGGAAACGACUGGAAAUCUCAGAAGGCAAAACUGCAGCAUUCGGAUUCCUAAUUUAACAGCAGCUCAUGCAGACAAAUACUUUUUCAGAUUAGAAAACGAACCCGUGAAAGUAACAUUUUGUGACGAUCCUUUUAAGUUAACAGUUAGAGAUUCUGCUUGGAGUCCCAUCAUUAAUGUUUCUGGAAGUGAGCUGAAGGAGCAUCAGUCUGUCACUGUAACAUGCUCAGCUCAUACUCCCUGUUCCCUCUCACCUCCUAUACUCUCCUGGAAUAUCGAAGGAGACUCUGUCAGAAAAAUAGAGAAAAUAACUGAUGGAGCCUUUACAACAAAAUUCCAGGAGACCAUCACUCUGUACGACACACAUAAUGGAUACAGCAUCAAAUGUUCUGCCAAAUAUCCUGUGACAGGAGGAUUCAAACAAGCAGUUGCAGAAAAGACUCUAAAUGUUUCAUGUAAGUGAUCCUAUCAGCACAUC